UCGCCGCCGCUGUGGUCGGAGACGCGCGUGCUGGUGCGCGUGGGCGUGGCGGGCAACCAACGGCCCGUCUUCCGCGGCAACCACAGCCCCGCCUCCGUCGACGGCGCCGCCGCCUCGGCGCCCGCCGCCUACCGCGCGGAGCUGCCCGAGAACGCCGCGCCGGGCGCCGUCGUGGUGCAGGUGGCGGCCAGCGACCCCGACGGCCAGGACGCCCUGCUCGCCUACCACCUGGUGGCGGGCGCGCGCGACAACUUCGCCAUCGACCACAGGCGAGUCGCGGCGCGGCUUUGGACGAUUGACGAGGUUAAAAACAGUAGAACAUCGUCCAUAUCCGGAAUUAUCACUGUUGCACCCGAUGCACACUUGGACCUCGAGACAGGGGUUAAAAAGUAUGAAAUAAUUGUGCAUGCUGUGGAUGCUGGAUACCCCAUUCCAGAGACAGCAACUUCUACCGUAGUAGUCAACAUUCUGGAUGUAAAUAACAAACCUCCUGUUUUCCCAUCUACAGAUCCUUUGAUGUAUGUACGCUACAUUUCAGAGGCAACAGCUGUUGGAGAAAACAUUCUCAACGUCACCGCUUACGACCCUGACUCAGACGCGGAACUUCGAUAUUCAAUUGUUGAGCCAAUCCGUGCCACCGAUCGCACUGGAGUGGCCCUCAAGUCCACAGUGCCGUUCAACUUCAAAACCGCUUUCGCCAUCAACUCCAGCAGCGGCCAGCUGUCGGUAGCACACCAGCUAGAACACGAAGCAGCAGCUGUCAUUGUGCUGACAGUGCAGGCCGAAGACUUAAAAGGAUUGGCAGAACAGAAAACCACUGUUGAAGUGACUGUACACAUUCAAGCAAACGAUGACGACAAGCCGGUGUUCACAGUUGGUGGAUGGACUCCCUCCAAACCGGUGAUUCACGUAACGGUACCAGAAGAGCGCCCUGUGGGGACCGCCCUGCUCACGCUGGCUGCCCAAGACCCAAUUCGCAAUGUGCUCAUAACAGACUUCAAGCAAGUAGAAGAAAACGAUAUCAGCACGCAAGAUUAUUUUAUUGUUGGUGCUCAGUCCGGAGAUGUUGUUUUAAAUAGACGUUUGGACUAUGAAACGUUGGUAGAGAAGAAAAUAACAUUGAAAGUUAGUGCAAUAUCUAUGGAUAGAAGAUCUAGCAAUGCUGUUAUCAUCAUCGAUGUUGAAGAUAUUAAUGAUAAUAAUCCUCAAUUUACACAAGAGAUGUAUUCAAGACAAGUGCCAGAGUCCACUAAGUAUCCUGAUCCAAUUUUAGUUAUCACUGCUACAGACGGUGACACUGAUUCUAAUUCUACUGGGUUCGGAAGCAUUAGGUAUUCCCUGUCAGGAGAAAAUGCAAGAUUCUUUGUCAUCAACAGCACUUCAGGGGUGAUCUCUGUGGCGGCCAACGCCUCCCUGGACCAUGAGCGCCACUCAUCACUGCGCUUCACCGUCGUGGCUGCAGACACGCCCCAGGGUGUCAUUCAUGUAUUUGUAGAUGUUCUUGAUGUCAAUGACAAUGCUCCAUCUUUUGGUCAAGAAUCCUAUUCUGCAGUGAUACCAGAAAAUGUACCUGUUAAUACAGUGUUGCUGACAGUGAGUGCAACUGACCCUGAUGAAGGAAUGGGUGGUGUGGUUAGCUAUGAAUUUUUGGAUGAAGGAGAAGCUAAUGGUUUAUUUGUCAUAAAUAAGACUACUGGCCAAAUAAUCACCCAGAAACCUUUAACUGGGAAAGGGAGAAAUGAACCGUAUAAUUUGUUACUGCAUGCUCAAGACGCUGGAGAACCUUCAUUAUCUUCUGAUGUAUCUCUGAGCAUAUAUAUUGGAGAUGUUUUCAGUAAUGAUGGAGUUCCUACCUUCAUUCGCCCAUCUCUGACUGACAUAGCUCAAAUAUCUGAGAAUUCAUCAAUUGGUUCUCCUGUUUUUCAAGUUGUGGCUGUUGACCCUGAUGCUCCAAAUACUCCGAAUGGAAAAAUUAUUUUCAAAUUUCUUGAAGAUGGGACAGAUGCACUUGCAUUUAAUAUUGAUGAGGAUUCUGGGCUUAUUAGCACAAAGAAAUUACUGGAUAGAGAAGACCGUGAAAAUUACACUUUAAUUAUUGUGGCACAAGAUAAAGGCUCGCCUCCACAACGAGCCACUCGUCUAUUGAAUGUGCGAGUACUGGAUGUGGAUGACCACACACCCCUCUUCCAGAGAUCAUUGGAUGAUGGACCUCUCCUUAUGACCCUAGAAGAAGAAGUAGAUAUAGGAACAAAAGUAGGAUAUAUAGAAGCUAUUGAUAAAGACAGUGGGGAAAAUGCACUCAUUGACUACUCUAUUAUCGAUGGAAAUGAGCUUGGACUUUUUAAUAUAAGUCGCACAGAAGACAACAAAGGCUUGUUAACUGUUGUAAAACGAGUAGAUAGGGAAGCUACAGCUGAGCACAUUCUCACUGUGAAGUGUUUUAAAAAAAAUUUGCAUCUUUCUGGCCUUCGGAAAACAUACAAUCGUCAGGAUCCAUCAGAAAUUCAAGUUCAUAUAAAAUUAGAGGACAUUGAUGAUAAUAAACCAACUUUUCUGCAGGAUAAUAUAACAGUUGGUGUGAGGCUGAAUGUCCCAGUAGAUACAUCUCUGCUGAAAUUGGAAGCCAUUGAUGUAGAUGAAGACCCUGCACCAAUUAUGUACCAUUUGUUGAACACAACUUUCUACUCACUUGCUGUAUCUGUUAUGGAUAUCGUUAGUGUGCCUGCAGAUCAUGAGGGAGCCUUUCAAUUGAACAAUAUUACUGGAGAUCUACAUACAGCAGGCAGUAUGUUGCCUUAUGCUGAUGGUUAUUUCGAUCUUCAUAUAAUGGCAAACAAUACAGACAUUCCAGGAAUGGAGGUUUAUGCUUUAGUGAAGGUAUUUGUGCUGAGAGAUCGUGAUUUACUAAAGUUUGUGUUCAGCAAACCACCCACAGAUGUGCAACGUGAUAUAUCAGACUUCCAACGAGAAGUUGAAAAAGCACUUCUGCUCCCAGUUUCAUUGAAUAUUUAUGAUACACAAUUUUAUGCAAAAGAAGAUGGUAGUCUAGAUUUUAGUAGUACCAGUUCUUGCUUUCAACUUGUUGGCCGGGAAAAUUAUGAUCUCAAAGACAUGGAAUUACUAAUGACAGAUGACAAUAAUUCUGAAUUGAAGCAGGUGUACAAGAGAUAUGGUGUGCAAAAUGUUAAACACUGCAUUCCUCGAAUAAUGACUGCAGAAGCUUCAUGGGUUCAGCUGUGGGUUUUGGCAAUAGCAGCAUUCAUCGCAAUUGGAGCUUUUCUGUCAGGAAUUACUGUGUGUUGUCUGUAUUCAAGAUACAAAAGGAUAUCAAGAAAGCAACUUUUGCAGGAGAUGCCUCGUGCAACGAUUUCCAAUGUUGGGUAUUUGACCAGUGCUCCCAACAGCUCUCCAAUGAUUGUUGGUCCUCUACCAGAUGGGCCUCGAAUGUAUGAUGGACUUACUUUGCCAAUCAAUCAUGACAAUAUGUCCUACCAUAGUUUUCCUAGUUAGUGAAGUUUAAUGAUAUUAAUUUGAAUUGUAUGACUAUAAAUUGUAAAAUUAGAUGGUAUGCUGUAGUCAUUGUAAAAAUUAUUAAAGAUGGAUGAAAUCCAUUAAACUAAUUUUUACAAUGGAAUUCACUCAACAUGUCGCAUUUGACAUUCACUCAUUUCUGAGCAUGAAGUUUUAAAGACAAGAACUUCAUAACAUUAUAUUAAUUUGUUUCAUCUUUACAUUCAAAAAUCAUUUAACCAUUUUAUUGAAUUGGAAAAAGCAGAGACUAUGGAUGUUGUAUAGGCUAUUAGGUAAAAUGUCAUUCAUGAAAUACCAAAAGUUUGUAUGAAAAAAGGUUGCAUGCUCUUUUGAUUAUCUUUUUAUUCCUUAUAAAGUUGGAAGAUGGUUUGCCACAAUUAGUUCAGGAGAUUUUGUGGUGUUGAAAUGUGUAAGCAUAUGUGUGCGGAGCCUCAAAUAACAGGGGGUGGGGAGUGGGGGGAUGAACUGUAUAUCCAGUUUGCUCUGGGCUCCCUUGUCCAUUACACUUUUUUAUUUAAAUGCAGUGUAUUUUGCUAGAAAAAAAAAAAAAACGCAAAACAAAAAGAAUAUCACUGUAACUUUCAUGAUUCUCUGGCCCCCCUACCACCCCCACCCCAGUGAGCACACCUAUAUGACAAAAUGUAAGAUUCUUUUAUAUCAAUAAUUAGUCUCAACAUUUUAUUUCCAAAAAUCAAAGCCUUGUUUAUAAAGAUUAUAUAUUUAUUGAAAUGUAAUGAUAGAAAUAAAAUAUAUUUUCUGAAUUUUAAUGUACAUUUGAAAAAUAAUUUUGAAAUAACAAUUAUAAUAAAUGAAAAAAAUAAACAUUUCCAU